AUUCCACUAGCAGAGAAUGACUCAUUCGCUGCGGAGUUUGUGACUGAACAAGACGUUAGCCAAACAACUGUUACUUCCAGUUCAUCAUAGACUUCUAUCGUUUGCCUGUGUAUUGUUUUUUAAUAAAAGCUGGCUUCCAAGGUCACCAUCGCUUCAUUUGGCAUUGUCAACAACAUGGAUACGGCGUUCUUCGAUGACGGGCGUUCUUACGUCCCGUCUAGCAACAAUAAAGAAGAAGUUCGCAAGCGUUUGACUCUGGAUCUGAAUAGUCCACGUCUGAAGAAACCUAGAUUCGACGUUCUUCUUUCAUCUCCCGAUUUGAAUAUGCUCAAGUUGCCAUCGCCCGAGCUAGAAAAGUUGAUUAUGCAGCAAAAUGGUCUCUUGUCUGCCACACCAACGCCCGGCGGUUUUGUCUACCCAACUCCAACCAGCACCGGUACCAACACAACCAGCAGCAGCAGUAGUAAUAAUAACAACCCACGCGCCGUUACGCGAGACCAAGAGAUGUACGUGAGGGGAUUCGACGAUGCCUUGGCCGAGCUGCACCAAGCUGGAGCCCAACAGCAGCAGCAAGUCCAGAUCUUGUCUGCUGGCCAGCAACAACCAAACCCCCAUUCGAUUUUGGAAACCGGUUCCAGCACCGCCAACAACGCCCAGACGGCUGCGCCCUUCGGUGCAGCCGCAACCCGGCCGCCCACCUCUUUGUCUCCCUAUCCCACCACUAUGCAUCAGAUUCCUGUUAAGGAAGAACCUCGGUGUGGUACAUCCCUCAGUAGCUCUCCACCCAUGUCUCCCAUCGAUAUGGAAGAUCAGGAGAGGAUCAAAUUGGAAAGAAAAAGGCAAAGAAACAGAAUUGCUGCAUCUAAGUGUCGCAGAAGGAAACUAGAAAGAAUUGCAAAGUUGGAGGACAAAGUGAAAAUCUUAAAGAAUGAUAAUAGUGAGCUAGGAACUGUUGUUGUCAAGUUGAGGCAACAGGUUUGUGGUCUUAAAGAACAGGUGAUGGAACAUAUAAAUUGUGGUUGUCAAAUAAUGCUUACAAAUCAGUUCUAAGUGGUGUGCUGUUUGACUUUAAUUUUGUACUCUCAGACCGUAACAAAUUUUAGCGCUGAAUCUGUUUAUUUCCAUGUUCUUUGCAAUUUCUGUGGGUGAUAUGUCAUUCAAUCUACUACCUAUGCCAUACUUCUAUUGGAUCACUAGAAAAGUGAUGCUAGUCUCCUUCUCACAUACUUUUUCAAAAAGUAAAUAUCUUUGCUUUGUGAACUACCAUUAGGUUGAUAUGGAUGUUAACAAUUGUUUGCCUUAACCUAUGUGUCUCCUCAAUUCAAAGCACACAUUUAUUUCUAACAGUCUUGAGUAUCUUAACUGAAGUAUUUUAAUGUGUAUCAUAAUCAGAUAUGGUAAUGUAUGCUAAAAUUAAAUUGAGCACGUACCAACAUUUAUCCAUGUACAGUUUUGAUAUUUUCGCUAAAUAAAUUUCAAAGCAUA